AUGAAAUUCAAACUUGUCGGCCAUGAUGGUGGCGCGUCCGAGGUAAACACAAGCAGCUCCACGUGGAGUGGCGGGAAGCCUGAAUUAGUGGUGUGUGGUAAUGGUGUGAUCGUGGCUGCUCCGACCACGCUACCAGGGGCCUACCAGGGGGUACCACUGACGUGCCUUAGGAGUGGUCGGACCUCGGUUUUAGUGGUCGUUCUUGUGAAGCAAGUCCAGGCUGCAUUUAGUAAUGCAUAUGCUCUUAUCACACAUAUAUAUCUCUUGUGUCCACCCAUCAUCGAGGCCUCCAAAAUUUCGGCAAGAGUCUCCGGGCCGCCUCGCCAGCCUCCGGGAGUCGCCGACGGAGGACCAGCUGUUAUUUCUCCAAAGUCUUGUGCAACGAACUCAUUCCCAGGGAAGUUUCUGGAAGUAAUAAAAAUAUCCCAGAAGUUUCCGGCUGGAGAGAUGCUGAAACCAGAGACCGCACAGAGUUAUUACAAUCUCGCUUCCAAAAACCAGAAACCAGAAACCACGCCCUCACGUCAGCUUAACAGACACGCACAGUUAAUACCUCACCUCUUGCUUUCAGAAACCAGAGAUCGCAAAGAAGACCGCGCCGUUAUUACAACCACGCCAUCAGGUCAGCCCAACAGAGUUAUUACAACCUGGCCUCCAGAAACCAGAAACCACGCCAUCAGGUCAGCCCAACAGACCGCGCAGUUAUUACAACCUUACCUCUCGCUUCCAGAGAACGCGCAGUUAUUACAACCUCGCCUCCAGAACCAGAAACCACGCCAUCAGGUCUGCCCAACAGAGUUAUUACAACCUCGCCUCCAGAAACCAGAGACCACGCCAUCAGGUCAGCCCAACAGAGUUAUUACAACCUCGCCUCCAGACACCAAAGACCACGCCAUCAGGUCAGCCCAACAGAGUUAUUACAACCUGGCCUCCAGAAACCAGAGACCACGCCAUCAGGUCAGCCCAACAGAGUUAUUACAACCUGGCCUCCAGACACCAGAAACCACGCCAUCAGGUCUGCCCAACAGAGUUAUUACAACCUGGCCUCCAGAAACCAGAAACCACGCCAUCAGGUCAGCCCAACAGAGUUAUUACAACCUCGCCUCCAGAAACCAAAGACCACGCCAUCAGGUCAGCCCAACAGAGUUAUUACAACCUGGCCUCCAGAAACCAGAGACCACGCCAUCAGGUCAGCCCAACAGAGUUAUUACAACCUGGCCUCCAGAAACCAGAAACCACGCCAUCAGGUCAGCCCAACAGAAUUAUUACAACCUGGCCUCCAGAAACCAGAAACCACGCCAUCAGGUCAGCCCAACAGAGUUAUUACAACCUGGCCUCUCGCUUCCAGAGACCGCGCAGUUAUCACAACCUCGCCUCCAGAAACCAGAAACCACGCCAUCAGGUCAGCCCAACAGAGUUAUUACAACCUGGCCUCCAGAAACCAGAAACCACGCCAUCAGGUCAGCCCAACAGAGUUAUUACAACCUGGCCUCCAGAAACCAGAAACCACGCCAUCAGGUCAGCCCAACAGAAUUAUUAGAACCUCGCCUCCAGAAACCAGAGACCACGCCAUCAGGUCAGCCCAAUAGAAUUAUUACAACCUGGCCUCCAGAAACCAGAGACCACGCCAUCAGGUCAGCCCAACAGAGUUAUUAG